AGCGCAUUGUACAAAACCCUAAAAUCAGAUCGAACGAGGCAGUCUUGAUUCUUUCGCUUUCUCGCCUUCGUUUGCAGCCGCCUCUGCUGCCUCAACUCGUUCCCAGUCCAGCAGUACUCCAGAGUUUCUCUCCUCGAAGAUGAAGUUCAACAUUGCGAACCCUACUACGGGGUGCCAAAAGAAACUUGAAAUCGACGAUGACCAGAAACUCCGAGCAUUUUUUGACAAGAGGAUUUCACAGGAAGUCAGUGGAGAUUCUCUUGGAGAGGAAUUUAAGGGCUAUGUUUUCAAAAUCAUGGGAGGCUGUGACAAGCAAGGGUUCCCAAUGAAGCAGGGAGUGCUAACUCCAGGUCGUGUUCGUCUCUUGCUUCAGAGAGGCACUCCUUGCUUCCGUGGGUAUGGUAGGCGCAAUGGAGAGCGGAGGAGGAAGUCUGUACGUGGAUGCAUUGUCAGCCAAGACCUUUCUGUUCUGAACUUGGUUAUUGUGAAGAAGGGUGAGAAUGAUCUUCCUGGUCUGACUGACACUGAGAAACCAAGAAUGCGAGGUCCGAAGAGGGCAUCAAAGAUCCGUAAACUUUUCAAUCUCUCGAAGGAGGAUGAUGUUCGAAAGUAUGUCAACACCUAUCGCAGGUCAUUUACUUCGAAAGCUGGGAAGAAAGUAAGUAAAGCUCCCAAAAUUCAGAGGUUGGUCACCCCGUUGACUUUGCAGAGGAAGCGAGGAAGGAUUGCAGAGAAGAAGAAGAGAAUUGCCAAGGCCAAGUCAGAGGCUGCCGAGUACCAGAAGCUCCUUGCCACAAGAUUGAAGGAGCAAAGAGAGCGUCGUAGUGAGAGCUUAGCCAAGAAAAGAUCCAGGCUCUCUGCCGCAUCUAAGCCAUCUGUUGCAGCAUAGGCUCGUGCAUCUCUGUGAGCACGGCGGGUCCAUGCUUUCUUCAAGUCUUUAAAUUUUGGUUAGAAGUCGAAUAUAAAUGAAAUUUCUAAGUUGUUUUUUCCAUUUCCGAAAGUACUUUAUUAUGAUUGCCGUUUUCGUUUGAGUUGUCUUUGUUUGUGCUUGGCUCAGUGGAUGUUUUUAUCAUGACAAAAUGGAGGUUUUCGAUUGUUGCAUCGUAA